GCUAUCGCUUUGGCUUUGAUUCUCGUCUACACAAUCGGUUCACUGUCUACGCACGAUCCUACAUCCAUCUUCUUCAACGCGUCCAAUGCCUACACCCCGCGAUAUUCUGCUCUGAGAUACCAGCAGGCCACGGCGUACGUCUCAACUUACAACUAUACAUCAAGCGCCAGUCUGUUAGGAAGCAAGGACUCCAACAAAAAACUAUGUGUUGGCAUACCCUCAGUUGCGCGUCAUGGCCCACAAUACCUACUUGGUGCCAUUGGGUCUCUGUUGGAUGGCUUGACAGUGGAUGAAAGGAGUGAUGUCUACCUCAUGGUGUUUAUACCGCAUUCAGACCCUAAAGCCCACCCAGCUUAUGGAGAAACAUGGCUGUCAGGGCUAACCGACCGUGUACUUACAUAUGAAGGGCUUGAUGCAAAAGAAAUGGCUCACGUUCGCAAAAUGGAGGCUCAAGGAGGUGCUUUCAAAGAGAAGGGACUGUACGAUUACUCGUAUCUGGUAUCCAAAUGCGCAGAGUUUAAUACGCCGUAUAUUGCCAUUCUCGAAGACGAUGUCCUUGCCAUGGACGGAUGGUAUCACCGUACCGUCAAUGCACUGUUGGACGCUGAGGACCAGUCAAUACAACGACACGGAAAAAAGUUCUUGUAUCUCCGCCUAUUCUACACGGAGGCUUUUCUGGGCUGGAACUCGGAAGAAUGGAAGACAUAUCUCUUGUACUCGCUCUGCUUUGCUGUCAUGCCGGCAGCGAUUGUUUCUUUUCUGCGCAUUACAAAACUUCCACCAAAGUUUCCGCUGCUACUGAACACACACCUGCGUACAUCAGAGGUGCGCAAUGGAUACAGCUAUCGUCGCCUAGUAGCCACAUUCUACGUCCUCAUGGCGGCAUCCAUACUGCUUUUCUUCGCAUUGGGGCGCAUGACUGUUCUACCUCUUCCCACUGGAGUUCAUGAAAUGCCGCGGUUCGGCUGCUGUAGUCAAGCUUUUGUCUUCCCCAGGCAGAAGGCUCUCGAGCUAGUCUCAUAUUUUGCAGAAGUGAAGACUGGAUACGUUGAUGUUUUGACGGAGCACUAUGCUGACGCGAGGGGUGAGUUGCGGUAUGCUAUCACGCCGAGCCUGUUCCAGCAUGUUGGCAAGACGAGCAGUAAGAUGGGAUCGCAAGGGCCAAUCAUCAAAGGAAAGACGUGGAGCUUUGCCUUUGAGAAGUACGAUGUAGAGAAGUUGAGACGAGAGCAUGAGACUGUG